AUGUCUAUCCCCAUGACCAGACUCGGCGGCCGCGCCUUCAACGGCGACGACCACGGCGACGACAGCGAGCGCGAGUAUGACCGCCUGCGCGACCUUGCGCGCGCCGAGGCCGAGAAGCGCAAUGCGUGCUACGACAAGUCCCGUAGCGCCUACAACUCGGGCGACGGCGGCCGCGCCAAGGAGCUCUCCAACGAGGGCAAGUCGCACGACGCCAAGAUGGACGACUACAACCGCCAGGCGUCCGAGUUCAUCUUCCGCGCCAACAACGCGCCCGGCCGCGUCGACGCCGACGCCAUCGACCUCCACGGCCAGUUCGUCGAGGAGGCCGAGCGCAUCCUCGAGGAGCGCAUCCGCGCCGACCGCGCCCGCGGCCAGACGCACCUCCACGCCAUUGUCGGCAAGGGCAACCACUCGGUCGGCCACGUGCAAAAGAUUAAGCCCAAGGUCGAGGAGCUCUGCCGCGAGCUCGGCCUGCAGUGCCGCACCGAGGAGAAUGCCGGACGCAUCUACAUUAACCUCCAGGGCGGCGAGCCCAUGCCCCCGCAGCACGGCGGCGGCGGCAAGCCCCAUGGUGGACAGCAGCACGGCGGCGGCCAACAGCACGGUGGUCAACAGCACGGCGGUCAACAGCACGGUGGCCAGCAGCAUGGCGGCCAGAACCAGGGCCAGAACCAGCAAGACGACAUUGCUGCCAUGGUCGAAAAGGUUCUUCCCCGUAUCCUGCGCAAGCUCGAAAAAGCCUGCUGUACCGUCAUGUAA